AUGCAGAAACAAGAGCUAGAAGGCAAAAACAAGCAAGUUUAUGAAUUUAGCAUAAAUAUGAUUGAUCUAUUUGGUAGCGAAGAAGUAUACAACAAGGAAUAUGAAGUUGAAGACUGUCAUAUUAACAGGAAUUCUUCUAUGUGUACACCAUGUAAAAAGUGUG